AUGGGCCACUGGAAUAUGCCGCAGUAUUCGGCAUCCCAGUUCCUCGCCCUGGCAAAUGAGGCACCCUCCAGAGUAUACAAGAGAAAAGUUUCGAGGGUGGCCAAGCCUUCGAGCGCUGGCAAUAGCCCGCACUCACUUCGUCAACGGAACAUGACUCAGCCACUAGACGAGCCUUGGACGAGCAACAAUGAAGCCUAUGCUGCUGGUAACAUCCCUUUAAUGCGUACUUCCGUGCAACGAAAGUCGCGGCCUACAAGCUGGCACCCAUCGUCACGCCAUGCAGGAUACAAUCUUUAUACACCCAACUGUCACCCGUCGUGGCUGAACAAUGACCAAAUCGCCGGUUUGCCGCAACAAGACUUGGUGGACACUACGUCUAUCAACACCCUUUCUACGCCCAUCACAUGCCCUGUCAGUGGAGACUUGAUCUCGAACGACAGCUUCACCCCGCUAGACAACUAUUAUGCCCAAUCCAUGUCCCAGGCAUACACACCCAUCGAGCAACCAGACAUGGCAUUCUCCGAUUCCUUUGGCUGGCCGAACACCAACAUGGAUGGCAUGUGCUUUGCAGACCCAGCCUGGACACAGGCCUCUAUCAGGUACCUGGCAGCGGAUCAAGCCGCCGACUUGUGCCAUGAGAGCGUCUCAUCUUCGGACACCUCGUCGGUACCCCCGACGCCGGAGGUCAAAUCCAGCGACUACUUCGUGUACGAAAACAACGCCACUGCUCACGGCGAUGACCUUGUAGCUGUCGGUCUUUAUGAUGAACCCGAGGGACUGUCUCUAGGCAGUGGUUUACUUGGUGGUGGCUUCGAUUCCAUCCAGGCUGGAAAGGGGCUCAAACUGGAAGAGACUUUCAGCCCGGCACCAGAAGCCGAGGACGAUGAUGACGCCGAACACGAGGAUGAUGAAGAAGAAGAAGACAACAAUUAG